ACCACGCCUAGUUCGAUGACCAGGAAGAAUUGACUUAGCUCUCAAAGUGGAAAUGGAAGAAAGACCAGGCCGUAUUGUUGAUUAUGCCUUAGUUGUAGGCCUUGGAGAAAAUGUAUCACGCUUUAAAGUUGAAGCGUAUGGCGAAGGAGGGGAGGAGUCGUUGCAUCUAACCACACCUAAAGAUGUUCCAAUCACUGAUAUUGCUAUUAUUGCAAAAAAGUAUGAGACUUGUCCUAAAGGAUUUAAGUGCAUUGAGGUGACCAGUGGUGGUAAUAAUGCUAGUUUAGUUAGUCCUGGAUUGUUUGGUACGCCUUUACUUCUUUGUUAUCGUGUGGGAGGUGAUGAUAGACCUGCAGUGACUGAAAUAAGUAUAUACAAUGCAGAGCAUAGUAAAAGUAUCCCGUCUGGCCAUGAGGCAAUCUUUGUUACUGUUGGUGGGAGAUCUGCUGAUUUAAGUGGUGGUGGGCGUUAUCCUAUUUAUUUAACUGUUAAAAAAGGAUUAACACACGGGUAUAACAUGUCAACUGCUAUAUCGAGCAUUGCUGUGGUUACUGGAAGGGAGGGUAUUCCUAGUGGUUUUAAAGUGCUGAGUUUAUUGCAAAGCAAAGGGUUCCUUUCUUCAGGUAUAAGAAUAUGUUACAAGUCAAGCCUCAUUGCGACACAGUCAUUGUCUUAUACUGCUGAAAUACUUAGCCGAUAUCCAACAGCAGAUUAUCCUCAGUUUCCACUUCCUGAAAGUGUCCCAUUGUUUUGUUUGCCAUUUGGAGUGUCAGUUGAAGCCUGGGAAAGACAUGCUUCAUUUCCAUUACCAGCUUUUUCUACUUUUGCCCUCACCAGUGCCACUGGACAGUGUAUGUAUGGUGCCUGUAUAGUUUUUUAUGAAAAAAUUCCAAGAAGCUUCACUUUUUUGUCCAGCAUGAAGAAGACAUUGGGUGUUGAAGAAAAUGAAGCUCUUCAUGUUAGCAAAUGCAUAUGCUUAUUGUCCCAUUGGCCAUUUUUCUCUGCAUUCAAAUCAUUUUUGUCUGCUUUGUAUCGUCUGUCUAUCUCUAAAAAUAUUCAGCUACCUCUUGAAAGAUAUGUUGCUAAUUUAAUGUUUCAUGUCCCCUUUCCUUCUGUUGAGCGACCAAGAGUGUUAUUGCUGAUUGGACCAGAGACUAUUGUAUUCUCACUCCCUGUUCAAACUCCUUUACCUAUGGGAAUUUCUGCUCAUUGGACUCUUCUUAGUUGUCUUGAUGCUGAUGAUUGUAUUUUGCUGAUUCAUUUGAUAUUACUGGAACAGAAAAUUGUUCUUCAUUCAUCGAAACCUGCUCUCUUGACUACUAUAGGGGAGGCUUUAAGAUCUGUACUCUUUCCUCUUCAGUGGAAGUGUACAUACAUUCCAAUGUGCCCAUUGGCUUUUUGCUCUUAUCUACAGGCUCCUGUUCCAUUUAUUAUUGGCAUGGAUAGUCGUUAUUUUGACUGUUAUACUGCUCCACCAGGUGUUUGUGUUGUUGACCUUGAUACAAACACUAUUUUAAUACCUUCUGAUAUUAGAGCACUUCUUAAUUCAAGUCCACUCCCACAGAAACCAGUUAAAGUUCUUAAGAAGACUCUUACACCUUUAGCGACUGAAGUUGCUAGUUACAGGUUUGAUGGAGAUUUUGCUGUUGAGGUAGCACCACUUGAAGUUGGAGACUUAUUAAAAAUCAACCAAGAAAGAGCUGAUGUUAUUAUUAGGGAAGCGUUCCUUAAGUUUAUGGCUAUGAUAUUAGUGAACUAUAGAUUGUACCUUCGUCCAUUAACAGCUCAACGUAGUCGUUCUCUGCAAGAUGUUUCGGAGUUAUUUGAUCUCACCAAUUUUAUUAAAAACAAGUCAUCAUCUGAAAGAAAUUUCUAUUCUACCUUUUUUGAUACUCAGAUUUUUACUUCAUUUAUUGAGCAACGCUCAUUUGCUCAUGCUGAAAGUACGGCACUAGCUUUUUUUGAUGAGUGCACAGAAAAGGUUUUAAGUGAUGUAAACCAAAAGCUUUUAAACAUUGACAAAAUUGUCAGCAGGCGCUAUGAUCUUCCUACAGUGGUUACACCACCUCCUGAUGAAACAGGCUUGCCUCUGGGCAAGAAAUUUACGUAUGAUGUUUUUCCACCAUUGGAUCCUACGUUGUUUUUAUCACCUGUGUCUCCCACAAACUCUCCAUAUGAUAAAUCUACAAGUGUCAGCCAUACUGUUUCAGAGUCUGCUUUUACUUCUGUUGCCUUAAGGACUCAAGCUGAGAAAACUAAAAAUAAAAAUCUAAUACAAAGAGCAUCUGGUAGUGAUGUUUUGUGGGCUAAAGUUUUGUUAAGUCAUGCUUGUAGCUCUUGGUACAUGCUGUUGUCAUAUCAUUUGAGGUCUCAGUGGAAUAAGGUUGAAGUCCUUUCUCAAGCACUGGAAUUAUUGGAUGCUCUUCGUGUGAGAGAUGCACUUCCUAAUGAUGAAGUUUGUUAUAGAAUACUGAUGAAGGAGUGUAUUGAAAUGGGCCGACCAGCUUUAGCUGUAAAGGUAUAUUCUGAAAUUCAGAAAGCUGGUAUUCAUCCAAGUGCUGUCACAUACGGUUUCUAUAAUAAAGCUUUAAUGGAAGGAAGUUGGCCGAGUGUUAAGCGACACUGGAAUGUACUGCGAAUUGUCAUAUUUGCUUGUUUCUAUCUAAGAAAGUUGCAACAAAAAUCUAUUAAUGGAGAUAAGAAGAGUAAAAUCACAGUAGAAGAAACCAGAGCUAAUUUUCGUCUCCUUAGUCAUUCCAGUUCAGUUGAUGUCAGUGCACUUGAUGUAGACCAGUCGUUUCUAGAGCGAAGAGAUAGUGCUAGUCGGCUUAAUAGAGGAUCAGUGUACCGUUUGUCUUCACGAACAGCUUCACAUGGUCAAAGUGAUUAUGCGAUACGUGGGGAUUCUUUUUACAUUGCUGACAAGUCUCCUUUAUUGACAAGUUGCGUUGAGCCUAUUCAAAGGAUUGGACGAACAACUUCAUCCAUUAAUGUGACACCACGUAAAGUACCUGCUAGUAUGUCAGGUGAUGAUGGUCGUGUUGAAAUCUGUAUUUCAUCGUGUAGUCAAUGCUCUGGCUGCAAGUCCCUACUGUAUGAUGAAGAGAUAAUGGUUUGCUGGACUGAAAAAUCAGCAGAAGAAUAUAAUAUUAACUGUCCCUACUGCAAUAAGCCACUAGUUCCAAAUCUCACUGUUAUGAUAAGAAAGGUGUUACCUGUGAACCGUACUAAAAGGAUUGAUUCAAAAAGGUCAACUCCUGAUCGAGUAAUUGAAGAAGAAUUACAUGUAUCUCAGGAAAAUGAGAGUACAUGUAGCAGCAUCCAACAAGAACCAAUCCUUCCUUCAAAAAGUGAACCCAUUCAUCGUAAGAGUCUUAGCUUGGGAAGAUUUGAAGCAUUUCCUGAUCAAAAUGGUCAUGAAGGUGAAUGCGGUACUAGCGACCUGCCAAGUACAGAAACUACAGAAGUGCAGUUAGAUAGAGAUGAUACUGACUCACCUUCUACUACAUCUAUUGGUCAUUACAUUUCAUUGCUGAGAGAGCGUGGACACAGGAGAACUUCUAGUGCUCCUAUAGCUCCUAUUGUGCAACCAGCAGUUCCUGCUGUUAAGUCAGCAGGAGAUCAAACUCUAGGAGCAUCUCCAGUUACUCUAAGGCCAAAAAAUUUGCAUGUUGAAGAUGAUGAUCCUUUUACUGUCCCUUAUUUGAGUCCAGUUGUGCUUCGAAAAGAAUUAGAAUCUUUAAUAACACAAGGAAAGGGCUCCAUUUUAAAUUCUGAGAAGGUCUCAUUGGAGAAGCCAAUUCUCUACUGGAAUGCUGUCUGGUACUUCAGCAGGCUCAAACUACCAACUUACCUUCCAUUGCUAACACUUCGCAGGAUUGUUAAAUCUCAUCCACAAUUGAGUGAGGUUAGUGUUUUGAUGCAUGUAAAAACAACAUGGGAUAGACGUAUUUCUGGUACCAGUGACCCUCUUUAUAUGAUAUGGACUGGAAGAGCUCGUGGUGGCCUCCAAGUACCAUUAGACAGAAAACAAAUGAGAAGGUUUUCUAAUAUGCAGUUGCAGCCACUAGUAGCUCGCAUGCACUGUGGUGAUUUGCAAUUUAUAAUGCGGACUUUACUCAAUGAUCGUAAAACCUAUAGUGAUCCAAAUGAUGCUCACAGAAGCAUUUACAGACAAAUGUUGUUUUUAAAGUGUGUUCUAUUUCCUGGAAGCGUUGACAUAGAGUUAUUUGAUCGAGAGUAUCAGUUGUGUUUGCAGAGGUUACCUAAAGAACUAGCUGUUCUUCUGCAGUCGUGGGACUAUCCACCAACUCUUAAAGCAACAAAUUGUCGCAAAGAAUUCGGUGUAUUGGAAAUUCAGUAAUAUUUUUGCAAUUUAUGAGUAAUGAUUUUGUAUCAUACGCACACAUGCUAAUUACUAUUGUAAUUAUUAUGUUACAUAAAAAAUAAUAAUUUUAUCAAAAACUCAUGUAGUUACAUUCUAAUUGUUAUAUCAAAA